AUGUUGGAGUACGGACCAGGAAAAAGAAAUGCAGAUACCUUCACAAAGUGCAUCCAGGACGCUGCAAGGGAAACGCUCCCGGUUCUAUUGCCGCGGAAGAAGUUUGCCUUUGCAUCAGCGGAAACAAAAUCCACAUACAAUUCUGUAUGUGCCACGCGCAGCGCUGGUGACUUCAACCAGGAAAAGCGUCUUAGAAGGCAGCUGCGUCGUCAACUGCAACAGCACCGCGAUAACGAGUGGACAUCAAGAGCGAUGGAGUUAGAAAAGGCGUGGGAGGACAAGAACCCGCGGAAAGCCUUUGCUCUACUAAAACAGUGUAGCGGCAAAAUGAAAAGAUGUUCUCCUAUCCUCAACACUGCCAAUGGAGUAGCUGUCUGUGAAACAACCCUUCCAAUUUGGAGGGAACUCUUCAAGACCUUGCUGAACCGGCUAGCACCGUCAACUCCUGAACUCGAACACGUGCAUAGACCGACGUAUGCGGUUAACGAGGAGCCACCGACCGAGUCGGAGGUUCUAGUCUGUAUUCAAAAAAAUGAAGAAUGGAAAAUCUGGUAG